CUGGAUUGACUGACUGCGACCGUUGCCCCGUUCCCGCUUGCUGCAUUGUAUUGUGUAUUGUCUACAUUGCUAUUCUUGCUGUCCAUCAAAUUACUGUUUGCGGUAUUAAUUUUACACAAAAUCAUGAUGUUCUAGUAUUUUGAUUAUAUGUGAAAAGUGCGUGAUUCGUCCAAAAUGUCUUUUUCAUUUGGCACUCCACAAAGUGCACCAGCUUCUUCAGGUCUCUCUUCAGGGUUCAGCUUCGGCGCUGCCAAGCCCGCGACGCCGGGCUUCGGUUUGGCAACAUCGCAGCCUUCAAGCUUCGGUUUCGGUAGCACAGCGACGACUUCGGCGCCUGGGUUCGGUGCAGCGCCCGCUUUUGGGGCCUCAACGACUGGUUUUGGAGCUAACACUCCUGCGUUUGGGGCAGGGGCGACUUCCACUCCCGCGUUCGGGGCCAGCUCCGGGUUCGGGGCGUCAGCAGCGCCCGCUUUUGGAGCUUCUACGACCCCUGCGUUCGGUGCAACUUCAACAGCACCAGCGUUUGGUGCAGCAACAGCAACACCUGCCUUUGGAGCCACUUCAGCUGCGCCUGCUUUCGGAUCCACAUCGGCUGCCCCUGCCUUUGGAUCAACUACUACACCUGCUUUUGGCGCUACUGCAACCCCAGCUUUUGGAGCCACAACUACUCCAGCUUUUGGAGCGACCUCUCAGCCUGCAUUUGGGGCUACAACCACACCCGCCUUUGGCCAAACGAGUGCUCCAUCGUUUGGUGGUGGAUUGGGCACUGGAGGCCUCAACUUUGGGGCUGGGACCAGCACUGCUUCCACUGGAUUAAACUUUGGCACACCAGCUACCUCAGCCAGCACAGGCCUCGGAGGACUGGGGGGCUUUGGUUUUGGGGCUGCAGCUACUAACCAGGGCGGUUUUGGAUUUGGAGCGACAACUACCACAACUAACAGUUUAUUUGGUGGCAAAUUAGGGGCGACCGCCCCCACAGGACUACAAACAUCCACUACAGUGACACCCAGUCUUGGUUUAGGCGGAUUAUCGCAAAGCGGCAUUGGGACUGCAAACACAACCACAGGCGAUGGAAAAAGUGAACCACCAAAACAGACCAAGUUGCCAAAUGAAUUAUUAACAGAUGUGGAGUCAUUCAAAGAAUUUGUGAAGAAGCAAAAAUCACUCAGCUCAGACAUCAUGAGAGUGUCAAUCAAGCCAUUGCAUAAGGUGUCGAGUACGGCGGAGAGUACCCUGCGGCAGGCGCUGGCGCUGGGCAGCGAGCUGGGGCGCGCGCGCGCAGUGUCGGCGCGCCUGCGCGGGGCCGCCGCCGCCGCGCUCGCGCACACCGAGACCGCCGCCCGAGACGCGCUAGGCACGGAGUUAGAAGGCAUGGCACCGCCGGCGUACAUCAAAGAGCUGAUCGCAGAGCUGGAGCAGCAGAUAGUGACGUUCCGUCGGCAGAUGGAGGUCGCCGAUAAACAGAUGCAGUCAUCACCCAAACUGCUCACUGAACAAGAGUUGAAUCUCGGCAUAAGACGCAUGUACGAGUCCCUAGUAGCGCUGGCGGGUCGUCUACAAACUGUGCACACGCAAGUUGAGGCGCAGAAGGAACAGUAUCUAAACUUGAGAAAAUACGUGCUCAAGGACUCCACUGACGUCUUCAACUCUGUGUCAGCCAGUCACAGUCUAGAUCAGAUUCUCCGCGAUGCUGAAGGCACGAGAAAGAAGACUAAACCAGGGCUUAAUGACAGCCUCGGCCGUGCCGUGCUGUCCGACCCUAGAGCUACUUUAGGUAGCAUAGCUCAGCUAGCGGGACCCACGCCAUUCAGCUACCUAGGCAAUUCAUUGUCCCCAUUCCCCGGAGCCGAUAAUACAGGCAGCAGCUGGCAGCCGGGCGCUGCGCGAGCGCCGCCGCCGGCGCUCGCCGCCGCCGCCAUGUUCGCGCCCGCGCCCGCGUCCGCGCCCGCGCCCGCGCCCGCCGACCCCGGCGCCGGCUUCCAGUUGCAGAAGCCGCCCGGCAAGCGCGGCAAGCAAUGAUAUUGGCGGUAACCAGAGCUGACGGACUGACCUAGCCCAGCCCUGUGGUAAAUGAACAUGGACUAACUAGCAGGAAAUAGACCUAAAAUACCAUUAAAAAGAUAUGUCGUUCUCGACUUUUAACUGAAGAAACUGCCCGGAAAAUGUAGCAAGCCAUGUAUUGGCGGUAAACGGGGACUGCCGGAGCAUUGUGGUAAAUAAAACCUGAAUACAGAGUAACUUAAAAUACCAACUCAAUUUGUUAAAACGAUUUUGUCAUUCGCUGUAACCGGCUCCGACUUAUGAAGAAACAGCCUGGAUAAUGUAGCAAUCAAUGUAAAAAUAUUGACGGUAACCAGGGCUUAGGACAAGUUAGGACUGACGUAACCCUAAAUAGUCCUGAAAUUAGACUAAUUAAUACCAACUCAACUUUUUAAAACUAUGUACCGCCAAGAGAGGCCGUUUCGGCAUGCUCGCCGAAACCAGCUUCGACUUUUAACUGAAGAAAGUAACGGUAAACGUGAUAAUAGUAAAGACUAUAUUCAUAAACGCGCUACGAACCUCAAUUAGCUAUUAAUCGUUUAUCCUUAGUAAUCGUUCUUAUUCCUCCAUCAGAGACGUGGUUAUUCAAUGAUAUGCCGACAAUAUGGUAAUGAUAUUUCGAGGACUUUAACCUUUUCGACGUCGUGUCAAACACAAAAGCUGUCACUCUGACGCCACGUCACAGAAAUGUCAAAACUGAAAUUGAACUUUAUGCACAUGCACGUAGGUCUAUGUUGCUCUGUGGUCUUUGACCGAUUAAUCCGUCUUUGGCGUUGGACAUGCGGUGCCGAUUUAUCCGUCAUUAGCGUCGAAAAGGUUAAUAUAAAAUAUUAAAUACUGCAAAGUGAAGUUUGCUGUGAUAUAAUGCUAUGCGACCGAUGUAUUGUAUUGUAGGUAAUAAUUAUAUUAUUUGUCAUUGUGUUCAUAACAAAUGUACCAAAUAAGUAAACGUGGGUUUAAACGUUUCAUAUGUCACACUUUUGGAAUAACAAUGUUGUACGGUCAAGGAAUUUAUUUCAGUAC